AUGGCAAGAGGAUCCAAGCAAGAGGAGAAACUUCUUCGGUUACUCAACGACCACGGUAAUUCCAACAAAUGCGGCGAAUGCGGAGCUUCGUAUCCGACUUGGGCGAGUUGGAAUCUUGGGCUCUUUCUGUGUGGAAGGUGUGCUUCUCUUCAUAGAAAGCUAGGCACCGAUGUUUCGCGAGUUAAGUCUCUUUCAUUGGACGUUUGGAGCGAGUUUGAGCUGGAUUGCAUUGAAGCAAUUGGAAACAAAGAAUGCCAAAAGAAGUGGAACCCUAAGAAAGAGCCCUUUCCGUACGAUGAAGACGAUGUUUCAGCAAUGGAGAUAUAUGUGAGAAACAAGUAUGUGAAUGGGCUUUAUCGAUUUGAUGUUAUUGACCCGGAAGAUUACGAGCCACCAAUUGAGGGUGGUCGUGGAUAUGGACGCAGCGGAAGCAGCCAUAGAAGUGGACGCGAUCGUGGCCACAGUUUCUCAUCAAAAGCAAGCUCAAGAUCACAGAGUCGCCACGGAGAAUCCCGUCUUCCCAGACUAGAACACCGUCGGGUGACAGCUAGCGAGAAGUCGAGAUACUCCUCCAUGGCCCUUAAGCUAAAAUACGAUGUGGGCUUCACUGACGAGGACCUCAAUGUUGAAGCUCUUGUUCUGGCCAAAGGAAAUCUGAACUUUGCAGCUGAAAUAUUAUCUCAGGAAAGUCUCAAUGACGAGCCUGAAAGACCACCUCCUUUGCCUAGACGACCAGUGGGAAGUACUCAUACUUUUGCGGCUCAACAAAAAGCUCCUUCAAGUGCUCCUGCGGGGACCAAUGGUGCCUCUUUUGAUUGGCUCAAUGGAACUGUGGGUGCUCAACCUACCGGAAUGACAACAGCCCCUCAACAGACGGGCGCUGAGCCCCAGGUACAGAUCUACCAGUAUGUAGAUCCAAGCACAGGUGCGGUAUACUAUGUCGAUCAGAAUGGCCAACAAUACAUUGAUCCGAAUCAGCAAUCACAGAUGAUGCAACAACAAAGUACAAAUGUCCAGAGACCAGGUUUGGGAUUGGAUAACUCCACUAUCGUAUCUCUGUACAAUCAGCCAGAUGCAUUCGUGUCAGCCAAGACGGGAGGACCAACCGACCAGACGCUUCAAUCUCUGCAGCAGCAGCAGCAGCAGCAACAACAACAACAACAGCAACAACAGCAGCAGCAACAACAGUUACUUCUUCAACAACAGCAGCAACAGUUGUAUCUCCAGCAGCAGCAACAGCAGCAGAUGAUGAUGCAACAACAGACAGGUUAUAUGCCUCAACAGCAGUUUUAUGGAGGUUACUAG